CACAUAGUUGUAAUUGAAGAGGAAUCCUGUACGCUGUGGCAACCCGCGACUGAUCCGUCCUGCAGGUCGGUGAUUGAGUGGAAGUCUUCAGCACUGUGUUGAUCUUCAACAAGCUUCAUUAAUACAUUACUGGCACCGCCUUUGGUCAAGCAACAGCGAAGAAAUGAUCGUAAACGGAUUGGAUAUCGUCUGAUCUUCUAUUCAGGCACUCUUUCCUGAUCAUUUGCUGUGAAAGGGAUAUCGUUAAAACCCGUGUUAUGGGAGCUAAAGGGGCGUCAUGCCGAUGGACUGUCAGAUUAAAACGUUGUGGUGUUUUUACAACUUUAAUUAAACACUGAUAUCAGCAUCUCCACAUCUUCUUCCAGCCCUGUUAGAGCUAACACACAUGAGCAGAAGUUUGUGUUCUGUUCAUUCAGGACUGGUCUGAAUCUGCACCAUGCCGGGGAAGCUGAAGGCGAAGAUCAUGGCAGGCCGCCACCUGCCCGUGAUGGACCGUGCCAGUGACCUCACCGACGCCUUUGUGGAGGUGAAGUUCGGAAACAUGACUUUUAAAACAGACGUGUGUCCGAAGUCACUGAACCCACAGUGGAAUUCUGAGUGGUUUAAGUUUGAGGUGGAUGAUGAGGAUCUACAGGAUGAACCGUUACAGAUCACGGUUCUGGACCAUGACACGUACAGUGCGAACGAUGCCAUAGGGAAGGUGUACAUCGACAUUGACCCUCUGCUCUGCAGUGAAGCGGCCACCGUAAUCUCCGGCUGGUUUCCCAUCUACGACACCAUUCAUGGUAUCAGAGGAGAGAUCAAUGUGCUGGUUAAAGUGGACCUCUUUAACGACCUGAACCGUUUCAGACAGUCUUCCUGCGGAGUCAAGUUCUUCUGUACUACGUCCAUCCCGAGAUGCUACCGCGCUGUGAUGGUCCACGGCUUUGUGGAGGAGCUGGUGGUGAAUGAGGACCCAGAGUACCAGUGGAUCGACCGGAUACGAACCCCGCGUGCGUCCAAUGAGGCCCGACAGCGCCUCAUCUCCCUAAUGUCAGGUGAGCUACAGAGGAAAAUCGGGCUGAAGGUUCUGGAGAUGGGCGGGAACGCAGUGGUCGGCUACCUGCAGUGUUUUGACCUGGAAGGAGAGUCUGGUCUGGUUGUGCGAGCCAUCGGUACCGCCUGCACACUGGAAAAGAUCAGCAGCACACAUCCUCCCUCAGGGGCCACAAACCCCUCCAACUCCUCUCCAUCAAAAGAUAUCAAAGACUCUCCGCAGGCUGCUCCUUCUGCUCUUGGAUGUCGCUCCACUCACAGCAGUCCGGUUCACAGUGCGAGCAGCCGUCUCUCUCAGGGCUUCUCCGUUUCCGUGCCGACGCUGCUCUUCGCCGGUAUGAAACACAGACACAGGAGCUCAGAGGGUCCCGCAGCCAGGCAGUGUAGGGCGGGUUUUGGGGAGGAGGCCCCUGGUGUCCCGUUGUGCUCAGGACCCCCAACCCCAUUGAGAGUCCAAACCUUCUCUUCCUUCUCCCCCUCCAAGUCCUACAGUCGCCAGUCCUCCUCCUCUGACACUGAGCUGAGCCUCACCCCCAAAACCGCGAGGAUCUGUCUGUCUCCCAGUUCUCCUAUCCUUCAGUCUAAAUCUUCACCCAUUCCCACUACCAAAGCUCUGAGGAGUACAACUCCUCCCCCACUUCAUGUGAGCCAAUCAGACACAGCCAUGCUGAGAAAGAGCGUAUCAUUCAGUGAGGACCUGCUACUGGUGGCCUCCGGUAUGGGCAGCGGGGGCAGUGCCGGGAAGGAGGUGGGGCCUCUUAAAGCACUUCUGAGGCAACAGACCCAAUCGGCUUUGGAACAGAGGGAGUUCCCCUUCUUUACACUGACCGGUUUCCCUCCUGGCUUUCUGCUUCAUGUGGGAGGAGUGGUGAGCGCACGGUCAGUCAAGCUUCUGGAUCGAAUCCACAACCCUGCCUUGGGUAACACCAGAUCAUACAAACUGCUAGACUGGAAUAGUUUCACCGCAGACGAGCCGGAGACACGAGACGCUUGGUGGGAGGAGAUCAGACAGGAGAUAAAGUCUCACGCUAAAGCUCUGGGCUGCCAUGCAGUGGUGGGAUACAGCGAGUCCACCAGCAUCUGUGAGGAGGUGUGUAUUCUGUCAGCAUCGGGAACCGCAGCGAUCCUCAGCUCCCGCUUCAUGCAGGAUGGCGCACUGGACACAGAGCACAGGUUGUCACGGCAACAUGGCACAGAGAGGGGCGAGGGUGAGAUGGGUAGUUCAGCCUCGUUAGGGUUUGAUGAUGUUGUCCCUCCUGCCUGUGGGUUUUGUCACAUCCCAUAUGAUGAGUUGAACAUGCCGUUUCCGGCUCAGCUGACCUACUGUCACUGCUGCCGCCGCCAUAAAGUCCCUGAUGUGCUCUUCACCACCAUAGACGUGCCGUCUGAAGCACAUGUCACUGGCAAAGGCUGCCUUAUACAGGCCAGGCUGUGCCGAACAAAGAAGAAGGCUCAGGGCGAGGGCAACGCCACAGCCAUCAGUAACCUGCUGCCGUUCCUGGAGUACGAGCUGCACACCCAGCUGAUGAACAAGCUGAAGCUGCGCAACAUGAACGCUCUGUUUGGAUUGCGUAUCCAGAUCAGUGUGGGGGAGAACAUGCUGCUCGGCCUGGCUUCAGCGACAGGCGUGUACCUGACAGCACUUCCAAGUCCAGGAGGAAUCCAGAUUGCUGGAAAGACCCCCAGUGACCUCACAUACGAACAACAUCUCUCAAACAUGCAAAAAAAAAUUAAUGACACUAUUGCCAAAAACAAAGAGCUUUAUGAGAUUAAUCCCCCGGAGUUUGUGGAGGAGCUGAUUGGCUCACCGAUCCCGGAGCCCCGGCAACGAUCUCGCCUCUUCCGCUCGCACUCUGAGAGCUCAGACGAGGUUUCAGAGUUAGACCUGUCUCACGGGAAGAAGGACGCUUUUGUUCUGGAGAUUGAUGAUACAGACGCUUUUGAAGACAUUCAUUCCCUCCUCACUGACGCCCCGACUCCUCCAGGUUUCUACAGCUGCAACACUGAAAUCAUGCCUGGGAUUUAUAACUGGACUUCAGAAUUACAGAUGUUUACGUCUGUGAGAGUGUUCCGACUCAGCAACGUAAAUCUGACCAAUCAGGGCCUGAAUAAGAUUUUUAAUGAUCUGUGUGAGAACCUGCUGAAGAGUUUGUAUUUCAAAUUGCGCUCCAUGGUGCCCUGCUGUCUCUGCCAUGUGAACUUCACUGUCGCUGUGCCUGAGGAUGAGCUCAUACAGGUGGCAGUGACAGCAGUGGCCAUGAGCUUUGAUAAAGAUCAGACGCAGGAGAAUGGCAGACAAAGUGGAGAGAAAACACUUAUCAAAGUUACAGAAAAUGAAGAGCAGCUUCAGUUCCCUUUAGAGCUCCCUGCUGAAUCCUCCUCCUCCUCUUCCUCCAACCCUCUGAACUCAGCCAAAGGUUUGGCCGAGGUUUCAGGAGGUCCCCCAAGUGCUCGAGCCCCCUCAGUUGAUUACAGUUCCUUUACAGACAGAUGCAGUUCCUGGAUAGAGCAGCUUAGGCUGAAAGCUCACACCAUAAGACGAGGAUCAAUUAAAACAAUGUCCUCUCUGGAGAAGUCCAGUCCGUUGCCUGAAGGUCGUUCUCGCUCUCUGAGGUCGAGUCGUUCUUACCCCGGAGGUUCUGUCACUGUGGUUAAAAUGACGCCACUCUCCUUUAUUCCUGGAACAAAAAUAAUAAAAUACCUCGGCAUCAUCAACAUGUUCUUCAUCAGAGAGACCACCUCACUCCGAGAGGAGGGUGGUGUGAGUGGGUUCCUGCACUCCUUUAUAGCUGAGGUGUUUGCUAUGGUACGCGCGCACGUCGCUGCUCUGGGUGGAAACGCCGUCGUCUCCUACAGCAUGAAGGAGUGUGUGUUUAUGGAGAAUCCAAACAAGAAUCAGGCUCAGUGCCUUAUCAACGUGAGCGGAGACGCUGUGAUUUUCGUCCGAGAGUCUGAACUCGAGGCCACGCCUCCACAGACACAAACGUCCUGCGGUGGAGAAGGGACAUGAACACACACACAUACACACACAUACACACACACACACUGUUUUAUUUAUUGUAACAAGCCAAGAAGCGAGUUCCAAAGAAAUGUGCGAGCCAAACACGUGUUGAGUUUUACAGCCAAUCCGCAACACAGACGAGUCGCAAAAAGAUGUUCAAGUUUAUAUCAGCGAGGUCAAAACCUUCCGUCCAUCUGUUGGUCAUUUUGUACACAUUCCAAUUGCCCUGAUGAAGCCAAGGCAGCUAAGUGCUCACAGCUAACUGAUACGAUGUCUAUAGAGAGAGUGUAUCUGUGUGUAAAAAAUGUCUAACAGUGUCAACACACUGCGCCAUGUUUUACUUCUUGCCUGCUUUCUGUUGCUGCGUCAUCAUUAAAGGGGCAGUUUGUAAGAUUUAUUUCAGGGCCAGAAAUAUGUAUUCAGACUAUUGCGACUUGCAAAUUCUUCUUCUUCUUCUUCUUUUUAAUAUUAUUAUUAUUAUUAUGCAUCUUUCAAUUUAUUCUUCUUGUACAUGUAGAUACACUCCCAUAGAACCUUUUACUCUGUUUUAGGAAUGGGCGGAGCUUAUUUCAGGGCCAGAAAAAUAUCUAAUAUAUACAAAAGCUUUAAAUGAAAACAAUAAAAUGAAUAACGUGGCAAUAUUCCAAAUCCAUUUUAUGAACAUUUCAAAAUCUUGUAAUUGCACAUUAAAUAACGUGUUAUAGAACAUUUUACUGGAAAACACUGCAGCUGUGUUUUAGCUGGGGGCGGAGCCUAUUUCAGGGCCAGAAAAAUGUUCAGUUCAUACAAAAGCCUAAAAGAAAAUGAUGAAUUGCGUUAUCUAAAUAUCGCAAUAUUGCAGUUUUUUUAGGAAUCUUUAAAAUACUUAAUGUUGCACAUGCAGAAACACUCCCAUAUCGUCAUCUUCUGGGGGCGGAGCCUAUUUCAGGGCCAGAAUGUUUUAUACAAAAGACUGAAACAAAAACAACAGAAAGAAUUAAACGCCAAAAAAAUACUGCAGCGUUAAAAUUCUUACAUAUUUAGAAUCAUUUUAUAAAACCAUUUAUGGGGGAAAAAUGUUUCUUCUGGGGGUGGAGCUUAUUUCAGGGCUGGAAAUUUUUCAUAGGUAUGCAAAAUCCUGAAAUAGGAGUCAGAUGGAUUGCAGGGUGAGAACGCACACCACCUUUAAAACCUUACAAACUGCACCUUUAACGUCUCCUGUACGAAUCACGUGCUACUGAUCAGAUCAGAUUUUGACUUUUUAUUUUGUUUUUUGAAAAAUGCUGGAAUUUCUUUCUCUUUUUUUAAUUAUUUAAUGACCGUUCUGUAGUGGUGUUUCGUUUUUUUCCUGCAUGUGCAACGUCAACUCGUCCUUUCAGCUGUGUGAUGUUUGGGUGAAAGCGAGCCGGACGCAGCCACGCCCAGAGAAGACUUGAAUGUACAGAAUGUGAGGAAAGAAAAGAGCGCUGAUUUAAUCGGAUGGACAGUGUGGUCAAUCCUCUGCUGAUUUUUUUUUUUUUUUUUUUUUUUUAAGAU